AUGGAGGCCUUCAACUCGCGCAAACUGGCCCUGCAGGUGGAGAAGAAGCUGCUCAGCCACGUGGCCACCAAGUCCACCGUCACCAUGUUCAUCGACGAGACCAGCGGGGCGGUGCUGGAUGACCUCUACCGCAUCUCCAAGGAGCACACGCAGGACCGGUCGGCCUCCCAGAAGGUCAUCAAGAACCUGGUGAAGGUGGCGGUCAAGGUCUCCGUCCUCUUCCGCAACGGCCGCUUCAGCCAGGCCGAGCUGGCCGUGGCCGAGGACUUCAAGCGCAAGCUGCGCCAGGGCGCCAUGACGGCCGUCAGCUUCCACCAGGUGGCCUUCACCUUCGAGCGGGCCGUGCUGGUGCAGCUGCUGGAGGAGUGCCGGGACCUGCUGCUCCGGCUGGUGGAGAAGCACCUGACCCCCAAGUCCCACGGCCGCAUCCGCCACGUCUUCGACCACUUCGCCGACGCCGAACUGCUGGGCCGGCUCUACAGCCCCGGGAGCCCCUUUGAGCCCCACCUGGAGAGGGUCUGCCAGGGGCUGAACCAGCUCAUGGACCAAGGGAAGCUGUGA